GUUGGAGCAGGGAGCCAAUCAGAGGCGGUUGUGGUGUCGGGCUGGUGUGCUGAAGCAGGAUCGUCUCACGAUCGGUCGGUCAGCAUUGCUGUGCGUGUGUUGACCACGCUGGGUAACGGUUUGCUUCGGAGCAGCGUUCAUCAUCCUUCACUGUCCCUCAGCUGCAGAGCUGCCGGACACUACAGACUGCCCACCAUGCCUCAGACCAACAAGUCCAAAAGUGCUGCGGUCAGCAGCUCCGCUCAGGCAGCCGGGCUGGAGCGAGGCGAGCCGCGGCUGGACCCCCCAGAACAACACAUACCUCCAGAGGAGAGCGGUCAGGACGGUAACCACGGUGAUGCUGACAUCAUCAAGUCACCCAGUGACCCCAAGCAGUACAGGUAUAUUGAGCUCAGUAAUGGUCUGAAAGCUCUCCUGAUCUCAGAUCUCAGUGGCUCUGAUGGAAAACCUGAGGAUGAAGAUGAUGAUGAUGAUGAUGAAGAGGGGGAGGAGGAGGAGGAAGGUGAGGAAGAGGAGGAUGACUCUGGAGAAGGAACGGAGGAGGAGGAGGAUGAGGCAGAGGAAGAACAGGACAGUGAUUUUGAGGAGCUGAAUGAGGAGGAGGAGGAGGUGAAGAAGAAGAAAGGAUCAGAGAAACAGUCUGCAGCUGCGCUGUGUAUCGCUGUGGGCAGUUUCAGUGACCCUGACGACCUGCCCGGCCUCGCACACUUCCUGGAGCACAUGGUGUUUAUGGGCAGUGUAAAGUACCCCAGUGAGAACGGUUUUGAUGCGUUCCUGAAGAAGCAUGGGGGCAGUGAUAACGCCUCCACCGACUGUGAGAGAACCAUCUUCCAGUUCGACGUGCAGAGAAAACACUUCAGAGAGGCGCUCGACAGGUGGGCACAGUUCUUCAUUUGUCCUCUGAUGAUUAAAGACGCUAUCGAGCGCGAGGUGGAGGCGGUGGACAGCGAGUAUCAGCUUGCUAAGCCGUCUGACUCUCACCGUAAGGAGAUGCUGUUCGGCAGCCUGGCGAAGCCCAACCACCCCAUGAGCAAGUUCUGCUGGGGAAAUGCACAGACUCUGAAAACAGAGCCAAAGAAGAAGAAAAUAAACGUCUAUGAACGCCUGAGAGAGUUCUGGAAGAGGCAUUACUCCGCCCACUACAUGACCCUUGCUGUGCAGUCUAAAGAAAAGCUGGACACGCUGGAGCAGUGGGUCAGGGAGAUCUUCAGUGAGGUGCCAAACAAUGGUCUUCCAAAACCAGAUUUUUCUGACCUUCUGGACCCCUUUGACACGCCGGUCUUCAAUAAACUCUACAGAGUGGUUCCAGUGCGGAAAGUGCAUGCCCUGACAAUCACCUGGGCACUGCCUCCUCAGGAAAAGCACUACAGGGUGAAGCCGCUGCACUACAUCGCUUGGCUGAUUGGUCAUGAAGGAGCCGGCAGCAUCCUGUCUCUUCUCAGGAAGAAGUGCUGGGCGGUGGCUCUGUUCGGAGGAAACAGUGAGACAGGUUUUGAUCAGAACUCCACUUACUCCAUCUUCAGCAUCUCCAUCACUCUGACUGACGAGGGCUUCCACAACUUCUACCAGGUAGCUCACCUGGUGUUUCAGUACCUGAGGAUGCUGCAGACGCUCGGCCCUCAGCAGAGAAUCUAUGAGGAAAUCCAGAAGAUUGAGGCGAAUGAGUUCCACUAUCAGGAGCAGACGGAUCCAAUCGAGUACGUGGAGGACGUGUGUGAGAACAUGCAGCUUUUCCCUAAAGAAGACUUCCUGACUGGAGAUCAGCUCAUGUUCGAGUUUAAACCUGAGGUGAUCUCUGCGGCUCUGAACCUGUUAACUCCUGAUAAAGCGAAUCUGCUGCUUCUCUCUCCGGAGCACGAGGGAAAGUGUCCGUUAAAGGAGAAGUGGUUCGGAACCCAGUACAGAGUCGAGGAUGUUGAGCCGGAGUGGCAGCAGCGCUGGACAGGAGCUCUCGAUCUGAACCCUCAGCUCCACCUCCCGGAGGAGAACCAGUUCAUCGCUACGGAUUUUACCCUGAAGACCUCAGACUGUCCCGACACUGAUUAUCCGGUCAGGAUCUCCAGCAGUGACCGAGGCUGCCUGUGGUACAAAAAGGACAACAAGUUCAAAAUUCCUAAAGCGUACAUACGGUUCCACCUCAUCUCUCCUGAGAUCCAGAAAUCUCCUAAAAAUCUGGUGCUGUUUGACCUGUUUGUGAAUAUUCUGGUCCAUAACGUUGCUGAGCCGGCAUACGAGGCUGACGUUGCUCAGUUGGAGUAUAAGCUGGUGGCAGGAGAACACGGCCUGGUCAUUAAAGUCAAAGGAUUCAACCAUAAACUGCCUCUGCUGUUUAACCUGAUUGUGGAUCAUCUGGCCGAUUUCUCCACCGCGCCGGACGUGUUUGCCAUGUUCGCUGAGCAGCUGAAAAAGACUUACUUCAACAUCCUGAUCAAACCAGAGAAACUGGGCAAGGACGUCCGGCUGCUGAUCCUUGAGCAUGCGCGCUGGUCCAUGAUCCAGAAGUACCAGGCUGUGGUGGACGGGCUGAGUGUGGACGAGCUGAUGGAGUUUGUGAGCAGUUAUAAGCGGGAGCUGUUUGCUGAGGGUCUUGUUCAGGGAAACUUCACCAGCGCGGAGUCUGUGCAGUUUCUGCAGUAUGUCACAGAUAAGCUGCAGUUCCAGAAGCUGUCAGUAGAGGUCCCUGUUCUGUUUAGAGUGGUGGAGCUGCCGCAGAAACAUCAUCUGUGUAAAGUUAAAUCCCUCAAUAAAGGAGACGCCAAUUCAGAGGUUACAGUUUAUUACCAGUCUGGACCGAAGAACCUGCGUGAACACACACUGAUGGAGCUGCUGGUGAUGCACAUGGAGGAGCCCUGCUUUGACUUCCUGAGGACCAAAGAGACGUUGGGGUAUCAUGUGUAUCCCACCUGCAGAAACACCUCUGGGGUCCUAGGGUUCUCCGUCACUGUGGAGACGCAGGCCACCAAGUUCAAUACGGAACUGGUGGAGCUGAAGAUCGAGGAGUUCCUGCAGAGCUUUGGGGAGAAGAUGUCCAGCCUGAGUGACGAGGCAUUCAGGAGCCAGGUGACCGCUCUGGUGAAGUUGAAGGGCUGUGAGGACACUCACCUCGGAGAGGAGGUCGACCGCAACUGGACUGAGGUUCUCACACAGCAGUACGUCUUCAACAGGCUGAGCCGAGAGAUUGAUGCUCUGAAGCUGAUGACUAAAGCUGAGCUUGUGAGCUGGUUUAUGGAGCACAGAGGAGACACCAGCAGGAAACUCAGCGUACAUGUGGUGGGUUUUGGUCCAGAGGAGAACGACCCCCCCGUGGCUGAGGGAGAUGACGGGGGGUGCAGUAGUGCCUCUCUGUACGGCGAAGUGUCCAAACUCACCUUCCUGCCUCCGUCACAAACACUGACCACAGCUACGGCCAUAACAGACAUCCGCACCUUCACCUCUGCACUCAACCUCUACCCGUACCACAAAAUCCUCAAAUAAUCGCAGCCGCUGUGCUCAUGGGCUGACUGCUGGGGGCGCUAUAACACAGAAAUUCGCACAAACAAAUAAUAACUGCCGCAGUUCUCAUAGAACGACAGCUGGGGAUGCUAUAAUGCAGCAAUUCACACAAUCGCAGCCGCAGUGCUCACGGACUGCUAGUAGGAGGGGCUUUCACCAAAAACUCACAAAUAAUCAGUGUAGUGCUCUCAGACUGCCAGCUGAGGGUGCUCUAAGGUCACUUAAACACAACAGCUCUUUAAACGGUAGGCGCGCUGCGUCUCGUUAAUGUACUCGAUUGACAGAUAAGUAAACACAAGACAAAAAUUUGAUGAAAUGUGAAGGACUGAGACGAUGUAAACAUUUAGAAACUGACAGAUACAGUAAUAAAUAAACUGUUUCACAUUCAGAAUAAUGUGGUAACGUGUGUGUGGAGUGAUGUUCUCCACGUUGGCGUCCUGGGCAUUGAUUGGUCAGCUGUGGGUGACGUCCGGUGCUGUUUCACGAGUGCUCAGCAGAAGCUGACCAUUUUGUGCAUUUUAAAAACAGUGUUGCUUCACAGACAGUAACGAAAGGAAGUGAGCGAGUCUCAAAAAGGCGUCGGCUGAUCUUCCUCCAACGCAGCUUUCAGUAAAACUCACGGACGAGACGGAGGAGAACCCGAGCGCCUCUCGCGCGUCUGUGAACUGUCGCUGGUUUAAUGUGUUUCUUUUCUUUUUGCUUGAACCUUUUAGCGAAUAGACAAACUCAGAUUUGUGAAUCUGUUAGUUUCUGCUAGUAAACUUUAAAGCGAUACUUCAGUGAAAAUUGUAUCUACUCUCUGUUCUUCAUCCAAACUUAGUUUGGCAUCUGAAGUUUACUUAUUUAGUUUUAGCGGUGGAGGCUAAUAUAGCUAACAAGGUAUGGAACGUAAAAUAAUUAGCAUCGUGCUAAUUGCAUAUUUAGUCCAUUUAGAGAGUCGUGUCAUGUCGGAAACCAUAGAAUGAAGAACCAAAUCCACCAAAUUCUAACUUAAAUUUUUUUGUUCCACCUUGAAUGGUGCAGGAGUCACAUUCUGGUGUCUGAAAUCUGAAGAAGUUGGCGAGCUUCGUAUUCACUGACGCUGUCUGAGUCACGCGUGAUGAUUUAGGCACAGUGUCAGUGUUAGCCACAUUAGCCUCAUAGCUCAAGGACUAAUGAAGCUUCAGAUACCAAACUUGUCUCGAGUGAUCACACUUGAGAUGAUGGGGUGUGUGUGUGUGUGUGUGUGUUGGGGUGUUGCAGAAGUAUCGCUUUAAUUGACAGUGGGAGAGAAUCUGUCAGAGAGGAUGUUUACAGAUAGCAGAGUGGGUUUAAAGCGGUGGGUUUGGAGGCUGUGCUGUGUGGCUAGGGGGUGUAGUGGGCUGUUAUGAUGCUGAUGAAUAAACAGACAGUUCUGUCACUGCUGAGUGGAGCUGCUGUGUAUUUAUUAAACUGCACUAACAGUC